AUGUUGUCUGGAGCGGCCGGCCGGCCCCUCCUGGAGCUCUUGAUAGAGGCGUCCUGGGCUCAGCCUUCUCCUUCUUCCUUCGCGGCUUUGUGCAGUCCUCAGGUGCUCUUGGUAGAGGCGGCCUGGGACUGUUCCUUGUUCCCCUACGGGGGCGCGCGCGGUGUUCCUCAGGAGCUCUUGAUAGAGGCGUCCUGGGAAGUGACCUUCGCCCUUGGGCGUUUGGUCAGAGACUUGGCUGUUCCUGGAACGGCCUCCCUCUUGGAUUCUAGGGAGGAGUCCACGGAUCUGACUUUGGCCCGAUUCUGA